GGGGAUUCUUUUAUGUUUUAUAUUAUGUUUAGGUUGUAUUUUAGGUUUCAUGAUUCGCUUUUGAUUCUGAGAAUGAACUUAACCAAGGCCUACGUUCAGCUAUUUCAAUUUAUGAAAAUGAAAAAAAAAAUACACAGAGAGGCAAGUCCACACAUCCUUCACGAUUGUUCUUUAGUGUUGCCAUCAUGAUCAACCGGUUUCUGUCUCCAUGUCUAUACUUUGAGUCCCUCUGCCCCUCCCAACUGUUCCCAAGUGAUGUCAUCAAACAUGGGUGUGGUCAGCGUACUGGGAAACAGCUGCUCCACGGCAACCACCAUUGCCUGCCACUACACACGCCAGGAGUGCACCAGGAAGCUACCAGGAUUAUCCACAGGAUUGCCUUCAGAGGACACAGCUUUCUGAUUUUGCCAUACUAAAGGAGAGCUCAUCACUCAAAACAACCACGAGAGACUGGGACUAUUGGCAGUGCUUACGUCAUAUUUGGUUACGAAAUACACCAACACAACAUGGGCGUUUGGUGACUGUAUACUACUGUGUGGAAAUCUUUAGCCUGUACCUUGGCUUGGCACAUGCUCAGUCUUGAUAACCAACCUACCAUACAAUUAUUUUACCCAUUGCCAUUGUAUGUGUUUUCUAUGCAUUAUAUUAGCAAUUGCAAGGUAAAAAUGGCAUCUAAAAAAGUGUGACAAUCAGCCCGUUCUGUCUAUGAAACGUCUGUGAGCCACAGUCCAGAAUCAGCGAGUGCACCCAACCGAAUGUUUUCCUCGAAGAAGGAGAACCUGCCUUCUCCGAGUCUGGAGGAUUCCUUUUUCCCCUUUUCCUCCUCAUCUUCCGCCUCCACCAAACGGACAAUGGGCCCUGGGGUGGUCCCAGAGGCACUUUCAGACCUGUCCCAGGAUGAUGGCUGCACCGCUCUGCAGGAGAGUGACCUGGUCCUGGCAGCUGAGCUCGGACAGGCACUGCUGGAGAGGAAUGAGGAGCUGAACGCUCAGCUUGAGCAGAAGGAGAAGGAGGUGGAGGCUGUGCAACAGGAGAAGCACACGCUACAACGCAAGCUGGAUGUGUGCGAGAUGGAGGCCGCACAGCGGGAGCACGAGCUGCAGGCCGACCUCGCGACCCAACGGAAGCAGCUGGAGCAGCAGCACGCCCAGGGCAAAGGCCGCCGCCGCGAGGAGAGCGAACAGCUCACACAGCUGUCCAAUCACAACCAGAAACUAGUAGAGCAGUUGGCAGAGGCCGUGUCACUGGAGCAUGCCCUGCGCUCGGAGUUGCGCCUUCUGAGGGACGAGAUGGAGGAAGACAGCUUCAGCCGCUCGAUUAGAUCCGCAAGGGUGGACAGUCUUCAUGCAGAGAACAGAGUGCUGCAGGAACGCUACACAAAUCUAGACAAGCGGCUGAGUUCAACACAGGAUGACAAUGACAGGUUACGGUCGGAGAGAGACAUGCUGAGAGAGAGGGUGAUGGAACUACAGACCAGUCUGCGGGAUAGGGAGUCAGAGCUGGAGCAGGAGCACAGCACGGUGUUCCAGCUGCACACCCUCAACCGCACCUUGCAGCACAGAGUGCAGGCCCUGGGGGAGGAGGUGAGCCUGGGAGAGACCACCAGCUUCCCAUUGUCACUGCAGAGUGAGAUCCAGCAGUCCCAGGCAAAAGAAGCUCUCUUGGCUCACUCAGAAAUCCUGCAAGUGACACAUGCAGAACUCCAGAAACUGAAGCAAGAGUUGCAGACAAAAGAGGAGGAACUGCUGUUGUUGAGGAAAGAGCUAAAACCUUUUCGAAGCAGUCCUGGAAAAUGCAGCUACAGUUCUUUGGAGGAAGAGUUGCUGAAAACACGACAAGACCGAGACUCUCUCAACCUGCAGCUGCUGAGUACUAUCAAACACAAGGUGGCACUGUCCCAGGAGGUGGAUGCCUGGCAGGAGGACAUGCGACUAGUAAUUUGUCAACAAGUCCAAAUUCAAGAGGAGGAGAAACAAAAGAAAGUAACGCCCCUCCAAAGAGGUUCACGCACCAGCAAGUCCUUGCGUUUGCGGGGAGAAGAUGGGAAACGAGACAAGAAUUUUUUCUCCUCACUUUUUGGUGGGAAAUAAUUGCGACAAUGAUGGGAUACAUUUUCCCCUCUGUACAUUUGUGCAUAGCGGUUUAAAUAUAAAUUGUAAAUAUAAAGAAAAACAAUUAAAUAUUUCAGAUUUGUA